AGAUCCUAGACUGUUCCCUCUUCAGAUAAUUAGCUACUCGUUCUAAUUCUUGUAUUUGUUUGUCUUGCUCUUUCCUCUAUCACACACGUUCAGACUGCAGGCCAGUCCUCAAAUGUAAUGCAUAUUCCCGCCCGCCAUCACCAUCGACACUCGUUCCGACCCAACAUUCCUACCAAGUCGUACCACCCAAAGAUCAGCGGCCCGACUUCUGUUGAUAUCCUGGGAGAACGAUACCUGGGUCUCUGCGGACACCUCUGCGACUCGAUCAAUUGCCCUGACAUUGCUGGAGGUUCUCUGAUGGACCGGCGGGUCCCAAAGACUCACCAUGCACAGUGUUCAGCGACAUUUUGGCAAGUACAUGAGGAGGAGUGCAGAUGAGCAACAGAUCUCCGUUCUACUUAAAGAUUUCGAAGAGGCGGACCGUCUACUGACCAAGGUCAUUGAAUCCUCCAAACAAUGGCGAGAAGCCUGGAUCGCCAUUCUCACCCACCAACACCGUAUGUUCGAGGAGUUCGAGCUCCUUUAUGCCCCGAUUGUUGGCGCCAGUGAAGAUUAUCAAGGCCAUGUUGCAGUCCUCACCCCCGAGCAUCUCGUCGGAAGAACCAACCGGAUCAGGAUGGAGUCCUCGGAUUUGAAGAGGGAUUUAAUAGAAGAUCUUGCCCAUGUCGAGGACAAGUUGAUCCAGCCGGCUCAGAGUGCCAAAGAUAGUCUUCACACGAUGAGGAAGACAAUCAAAAAACGAGAAGAUCGGAAGCUGGACUAUGAAAGAUAUCAAAGCAGAGUCGAGACGGCUCAGAAAAAGGCAAAGCGUUCAGAGAGAGAAAAUGCAGCACUUGCAAAGUCCCAGUCUGAUCUUGCUUCAGCAACAGAAGCAUACGCUGCCGCCGACGAGAACCUAAGGAACUGUCUACCACGGUUACUCCAAUCUGUCUUCUCACUGCUACCGCAUUUCCUCGCCACUCUCAUCAACAUCCAGAACAGCUUACUCGGGCAUUAUUACACAUCACUGCACGCAUAUUGCACAGAAGAGGGCUUUCCUUCUCCGAGUCCACCCAUGGAUGAAGUCAUCAGGCUGUGGGACGAUGCCUUCAAGCCUGUACAACGGGAGAUCGAAUCUUUUGCACUCCUGGCCAACGGAAAAGCCAUCAAAGCGUCAAUGUCUCAGGAGAACGGACAUCCACCUGCCAACGGCUAUCGCCGCCCCAGCGCCAACUCGUCCUUUGCUCGUGGACAGUCUGUCUCACCUGCCAGGGCACUUCCACCUUCUCCAUCUUUUGAGAUCAAGCCAAAGAUUUCUUCGUCUCCUGCGCCAUCGACCUUACUAAGCCCGACAACUCCUAUGGAGGCUACACCGUCGCCUUCGCACUCAGUGUAUCAGACACCAAUGUCUUAUUCCCCAGCUGGACCCCACACGGAUUAUUUCUCCCGAGAGCGUCAGCCUUCGACAACGUCUGUUACAUCUGCGACUUCCAUCGCACAGAAAAAGCGCCCUCCACCCCCUCCACCACCACGGUUGCCGUCGCAGCAGGCAAUUUUUGUGACGGCACUGUACGAUUUUGACGGACAAAGCGAAGGUGACCUCGCUUUUCGAGAAGGAGAUCGAAUCAGGGUUCUCAAGAAAACGGAAAGCACAGACGACUGGUGGCAAGGGGAGCUUCGAGGAGCCCAGGGGCCUUUUCCUGCCAACUAUUGCCAGUGAAUCUAGCUUGCAUCACAAAUGGAUGAGGAGCAAUCAGUGUAGCUCUCUUUGUUUGUUUUUGAGACGAGUAGUCGGGCGAUGGUCAAAACGGCCAGAACAAACGAUUGGAUCAAGGAUGAGAAGGGGGUUGAUUUGGCGAUGAGAAUGAAAUAAAUGACCUGGUUUAGCAUCGGGAUUCAGCAUGAGCAAAGGUAUCGGAAGCAUUGUAAGUUAUCGAAAUAUACCCCAAAUCAAAAAGAGAAGUCUAUUAAAUGAAAUCUGUUUCCUCUUGUCUUCGU